AUGUCGAAGUCCAUAAGAAAGCAACGAAAACGAGCAUCCAAAGUUCGAUCCAUUCGUGCUAGUACACGUUUACAUGAGCACCUUUUACAAAUGGCUGGACUAUUAGUCUCCUCAGAGUCAACUAAACAAACUUCAGAUGUUAUCAGUACUAAUCAACAUAGAAAACGGAAAAUAUCUCUCACUGACACUGUUCGAAGCAAAAGAUCAAAAACAAAAUCGACCUAUAAUUAUGAUGGUGGAAGCAUUCAAAUCGCUUGGCUUGAUAUAAAAAACAAUGAUUAUCUGGUUCACAAAGCUUGUUUACAUCUGAUUGCAAACUAUUUAAAGCUAUUUAAUAAUAUCGAUUCCUUUAUCGGUUAUCUUUUACCAGUCGAUAACAGUAACAAGAAAAAAGUAAUUCUCGUGCUGUCUGGUACACAAGGAAGAGAAGUUGUUCCACUUGUCUACGAACUAUCACACAUUUUUUCUGUUUACAUAUUCUGCAAAAAUAAAAAGAAACAUGAAGGGUGGACGCAGAAUUAUUCAGAUAAAAUUAAAGGUGUUUUUAUUGAUAAGUAUGAACUAAUUGCACAACUAAACGCAGACGUCAUGUUUUACUCGAGAACAAUUCCAAUGAGUAUCGUACCAUCGCUUAAUUUUGAUAUUGGGGAAAUGUCUUUUCGAAAUCUGAACAAAGAACAAGCUUCUUUUGUGUGGUAUCAAAUAUUAAUUGAAAUAUUAAAAUGUAUCCCAUCAACAUCUGUUUCAAACAAUGAUUUAUUGACAGACUGCCGACUAGAAUAUAUGGAUAACAUUACAGAAUUAGACAAAAUUCAAAAAUUUGAAGAUACUUAUAAUUCAGACAGUGUGAUUGAAUGGUAUUUACGAGAUACAUUUCUUUACCGUUUACUAAAUAAAGCAUUAAGAACAAAAAAUCUUGUUGUUAUAUUCAAAUUUCGUUUCGUUCUAAUUGAUCUUCAUAAUCACCUCGCUCAGUUACAUGGUGCUUAUACUGAUACACUUAAAUCACAAACAUUAACGAUGUCUGAACUAAUUGUGUUUCAUGGACAAGGAUUAACGUUUGAUGAACUACACAGUCUAAAAGAUAAUAUAAAUGGUCGACUUUCAAUGAAUAGUUUUCUUUCUACAAGUACAUCACGUGAAACUGCACUUCUUUCUGCUGGUGAUGGAUCAGGACGUCCAAUAAUAGAAUCAGUUUUCUUUGAAAUUCAUUGUCCAGUAGAAAAUUUUGUCAAAAAACCAUUUGCUAAUAUUCAACAAUACACUUAUUUGAAAACCAAAGACGAAAUAUUGUUUACGAUUGGAACAAUUUUCCAUAUUGAUUGUGUCGAAAGACUAACAGAACAAAUUUGGCAUGUGAAACUGACUUUGUGCAAUGGUGAAAACGAUUGGAAUCCAAAUGAACUAUUCGAUAAUUUAAAAACAAAUACUGACACUGCAUUCAAAAUCUCAGUAUUGACUGAUCUACUAUUGAACAUGAAUGAAAUCGAUAAAGCAAAAGAUUUUUAUGACAUGAUCCUAAAAGAUUUUCCAUUCGAUCAUUCUGAUAGAAUAAGUGUGAAAAAUAACAUUGGGAAAAUACAUUUAUUCGAGGGAAAUUAUUCAGCUGCUCUAAAAUGUUUCAAGCAAGUACUGAAAAUAAAUCAAAAAUUAAAGCCGCAAGAUUUUAGCUCGAUCUCAUCUAUUAUGAACAAUAUCGGUUGUGUAUACAGAGAACUGUGCAAUUAUUCGCAAUCAAUUAGAUAUUUUCGAAAAGCUCAUCGAAUCCAAAAAAGUAAUCUUUACAACAAUAAAUCUGAACUUGUUGAAACAUUCAGUAAUUUAGGCAUUGCUCAUAUGUGCUUGAGCAACUAUCCCUUGGCUUUGAAAUAUCACGAAAAAGCCAAACAAAUCCGAAUCAAUUGUUUUUCAGAGACGCAUCCAGAUCUCGGUAAUAUCUUUAAUAAUAUUGGUGAAACAUAUCUUUCAAAAGGAUGUCUGAAAGCUGCAAGAAUUAACCUUGAAAAAGGCCUUGAAAUUAGACUUAAAUCCUUGAAUGAUGAUCAUCCAAGUUUGGCAAUUACUUAUAAAAAUCUCGGUACUAUUUACGAUCACAAUAAUAAUCUUGAAAAAGCGCUUGAAUAUUAUAAAAGAUCCAUGGAUAUUUCUUUCAAGUCUACUCAAAACGAUCAUCCUAAUCUAGCUCGAACAUACAGUAGCAUUGCACAAUGCUACAAUAUGCUUGAUAAUUUCAACGCAGCGUUAUUUUAUCAUAAGAAAGCUCUUAGAAUUCGUCUAAAAUCAUUACCUAUCUGUUAUUCAGACAUUAUUACAUCGUAUAUUAAUAUUGGAUCACUAUAUACCUAUCAGGCAAAGUACAAACUAGCUCUGAAAUAUUUGAAAAAAGCAAUUGUUCAAUCAUCGCCAUCAACAAAUAAAGAAUUGGUUGCCUAUAUAUAUUACACGUUGGGUACACUCUAUGAGUUUAAAUCAAAUUCUGAUAUAGCAAUAAAGUACUACAAAAGAGCAAUUAGUCUUGAAUGCGAAUGCAAUCAGUCAAAUACAAUUCCAAAUUUAGCUACAAUAUAUAUUUCAUUAGGAGAAUUUUAUUUAGAAAAUGAUGAUACAACAAAUGCUCUAAUUCAAUUCGAAAAAGCCUUGGAAAUUGGAGAAAAUUGUUUAGAAAUUGACGACAGUACAAUUCGACUAGUAUUGCCUUAUAUCGUUAAAGUUUUUCAGAUAAAAAAAGAUUAUGCAACUGCAUUAGAACACAUAACGAAGCUCCUUAAUAUUGCACAGAAAGAUCUUUGUACUACUUCGGAUGAUCUAGCAACAAUAUAUUUUAAUAUUGGGUAUAUAAAUUAUUGCAAAUACAACAAUAAAAAGGCAAUACGAAAUUAUCGAAAAGCUUUAAAAUACGCUUCUCCAACUAGUCCCAAGAUAGGUGAAUUAUAUUACGGUCUAGCACUUAUUUACGAUGAUCGAAAAGACCUUAACGUAGCACUUCGGAAUUAUAAAAAUGCUUUACAAUUCUUUUCAAAUAGUGACGAUUUCUCGGCAUCGAUAUAUAAUAAUAUCGGAGCUAUUUAUUAUCUUAAACAUGAUUACAAAAGGGCACUCUGGAAUUACUACAAGGCACUAACAGUCAUUGAGAUUGAUAGUGAGUUAGCAUCGAUUCUGUACUAUAAUAUGGCACUUAUUGAUGACAUUAAAAAAGAUUACAUAAAUGCAUUGUACUCUUAUGAAGCGGUACUGGAAACUAUUAAAAAUCAUAGAGUAGAGAACGAAGAUCUAUUAAUCAAAACUUAUAACAAUAUGGGAGGAAUAUAUAAGCAAAUAUCGAAUUAUGAAGAAGAACUAAAUUGUUAUCGAAAAGUGGUAAAUUUGGAAUUGAAUUCCAACAAAGUAUCGAAAAAUUAUGAACUUAUUGCUACUACAUACAGUAAUUUAAGCAUAAUUUACUUUCGUCAAUAUAAUUUUUCAUCUGCUUUACAAGGCUUUGAAGAAGCACUGAGGAUUGCUUCAAAAUCAUUGACAAGCGAUCAUCCACAUAUUCCUGAAUACCGCAAUUAUAUCGCUCUGACCAAGAAAUAUUUGCAAUCUAAAGGUAUUGAAAACGUUUGAACUUAUUUAUCCGAGGCG